AUGACUAAACCUCUACCCAACCACGUUCCUACUUCCGUCGAUCUCAUCACGUUGAACAAGUUGAAAGCACAAUACGAAUCUGCUUCUCAAUCACACGUUUUCACAUUCUACGAUACUCUUUCUCCAGAAGAACAAUCCAAAUUCAUACAACAACUACAAGAUAUAGAUGUUCAUCGUGUUAAUCGAAUUUAUCAAAAUGCCAUCAAAGCCACUUCUUCUUGUAAUGAACAAGAAGAAAUAUCUCCUCUACCACAAGAAUCAUGUGCGACGAUUAUAAAUAAUCCUACUGAUGAACUCAAGUGGCGUCAAAUUGGUCUUAAAGCUAUUUCAGAGAAUAAAGUUGCAGUAUUACUCAUGGCUGGUGGGCAAGGUACUAGAUUAGGAAGUAAUUUACCAAAAGGAAUGUACGAUAUAAAACUUCCUUCUGGUUCAACUUUAUUUCAAUAUCAAGCGGGAAGGAUUAAGAAGUUGGCUAAAUUAGCAAAGGAAGCUUUUGAGAAUGCGGAAGAAGUUAGGAUUAGAUGGUAUGUCAUGACUUCUGGACCUACCAGAUUAGAGACUGAAAAAUAUUUUGAGGAAAAAAAGUUUUUCGGAUUGAGGAAAGAAGAUGUGGUUUUCUUUGAACAAGGUGUCCUCCCAGCUCUUUCAGAAGAUGGGAAAAUCCUUCUCUCCUCAACUUCUUCAGUCGCCGUCGCACCAGAUGGUAACGGUGGACUCUACGCCGCACUUCGUCGUCCAUUAUCCCCUCAUUCCACCACAACAAUCCUAUCAGAUCUUCGUACCCACAAUGUCGAAUACGUUCACGUAUACGGAGUCGAUAAUUGUUUAGUACGAGUUGCCGACCCAGUAUUCAUAGGUUAUUGUAUCUCACGAAACUCAUCAAUCGGUGCAAAAGUCGUUCGGAAACAUCUUCCAACCGAAUCCGUCGGUGUCUUAGCUAAAAAAGGAGAAACAUUCACAGUUGUUGAAUAUUCAGAAAUAUCAAAAGAAAAAUCUGAAUCCAAACAACCCGAUGGAUCUUUAUCAUUUUGGGCGGGAAACAUUGUCAAUCAUUUUUACACUACAACAUUCUUAGAAUCGAUCCAACAAUUGGAAAAUAAAAUGUGUUUUCAUAUCGCUCGAAAAAAAAUACCUACGGUCGAUCUAAAAUCAGGAGGAAAUAUCAUACCUACACAACCGAAUGGUAUGAAAUUAGAAUUAUUCGUUUUUGACGUUUUCCCAUUUACAAAGAAUUUAAGUGUUUUAGAAGUCGAUAGGAAAGAAGAAUUCUCACCUUUGAAAAAUUCACCUGGAUCAAUGACUGAUAGUCCUGAAACUAGUAGAAAAGAUUUAUUAUCUCAACAAAAAAGAUGGUUGGAGAAAAUCGGAGUUGAGAUUAAAGAUGAUUUUGAAAUUGAAAUUUUACCUGAAUGUUCUUAUUCCGGUGAAGGGUUAGAAUGGGUAAAAGAUAAGAUAUUUGAAAAGACUUGUGUAUCAGUCAGUAGGUUGAAGAAUUUUAUGUGA